AUGGCGACGGCGGCCGCAGCAUCGGCUUCUGAAGCGGAGGCUGAGCCCAAGGCCGGGCCCGAGGCCGAGGGAGGGGAGGAUGAGGCUAAGGCGGCUCGGGCGAGGAGGAAGGUGUUAUCGCGGGCCGUGGCCGCCGCGACGUACAAGACCAUGGGGCCAGAGUGGGACCAGCAGGAGGAAGGCGUGAGUGAGAGCGAUGGAGAUGAGGAGUACGCCAUGGCUUCCUCGGCCGAGAGCUCCCCCGGGGAGUACGAGUGGGGGUACGACGAAGAGGAGAAGAACCAGCUGGAGAUAGAGCGGCUGGAGGAGCAGCUGUCUAUCAAUGUCUAUGACUACAACUGCCACGUGGACCUGAUCCGGUUGCUCCGGCUGGAGGGGGAGCUGACCAAAGUGAGGAUGGCGCGCCAGAAGAUGAGCGAGAUCUUCCCUUUGACCGAAGAGCUCUGGCUGGAGUGGCUGCACGAUGAGAUCAGCAUGGCCAUGGACGGCCUGGACCGGGAGCACGUGUAUGACCUCUUCGAGAGAGCGGUGAAGGAUUAUAUCUGUCCUAACAUUUGGCUAGAGUACGGCCAGUACUCAGUCGGCGGGAUUGGUCAGAAAGGCGGCCUCGAGAAAGUCCGCUCUGUGUUUGAAAGGGCCCUCUCGUCCGUCGGGUUACACAUGACCAAGGGACUUGCCAUCUGGGAGGCCUACCGCGAGUUUGAAAGCGCCAUCGUGGAAGCUGCCCGGCCCAUGGCUGGCUUCCUUUCCCCUUCUGACUGGGAACAAACCUUUGAUUCACAGCUGGAGAAGGUCCACAGUCUCUUCCGGCGGCAGCUGUCGAUCCCACUCUACGACAUGGAAGCAACGUUUGCAGAGUAUGAGGAAUGGUCCGAAGACCCCAUUCCAGAGUCGGUAAUUCAGAGCUACAGCAAAGCACUGCAGCAGCUGGAGAAAUACAAACCCUAUGAGGAAGCCCUGCUGCAAGCUGAAGCGCCCAGGCUGGCCGAGUAUCAAGCAUACAUCGAUUUUGAGAUGAAAAUUGGCGACCCGGCCCGCAUUCAGUUGAUCUUUGAGCGCGCCCUGGUUGAGAACUGCCUUGUUCCAGACUUAUGGAUCCGUUACAGUCAGUACCUAGAUCGGCAGCUGAAAGUAAAGGAUUUGGUUUUGUCUGUACACAGUCGUGCUGUUAGAAACUGCCCGUGGACGGUUGCCCUCUGGAGUCGAUACCUCCUGGCCAUGGAAAGACAUGGAAUUGAACACCGAGUGAUUUCGGUGACCUUUGAGAAAGCUCUCAGCGCUGGCUUCAUUCAGGCCACCGACUAUGUGGAGAUCUGGCAGGCAUACCUUGAUUACCUGAGGAGAAGGGUCGACUUCAAACAAGACUCGAGUAAAGAGCUGGAGGAGCUGCGUUCGGCGUUCGCCCGCGCCCUGGAGCACCUGAAGCAGGAGGUGGAGGAGCGUUUCAAUGAAAGUGGAGAUCCAAGCUGCCUGAUCAUGCAGAACUGGGCUCGGAUUGAGGCUCGACUCUGCAACAACAUGCAGAAAGCGCGGGAGCUCUGGGACAGCAUCAUGACCAGAGGGAACGCCAAGUUCGCCAACAUGUGGCUCGAGUAUUACAACCUGGAGAGGGCCCACGGCGACACGCAGCACUGCAGGAAGGCUCUGCACCGGGCUGUCCAGUGCACCAGCGACUACCCGGAGCACGUCUGCGAGGUGUUGCUCACCAUGGAGAGGACAGAAGGUACUCUAGAAGACUGGGACAUAGCUGUUCAGAAAACUGAAACUCGACUAGCUCGAGUUAAUGAGCAGAGAAUUAAGGCUGCGGAGAAGGAAGCAGCCCUGGCCCAGCAAGAGGAAGAAAAGGCUGAGCAACGGAAGAGGGCCCGGGCCGAGAAGAAAGCGUUGAAGAAGAAGAAAAAGACCAGAGGGGCGGACAAGCACAGAGCCGACGAGGACGAUGAAAAGGAAUGGGGUGAUGAUGAGGAAGAGCAGCCCUCCAAGCGCAGGAGGGUGGAGAAUAGCGUUCUUCCUGCCGGGGAAGCGGAGCCCGGCUCCGAAGCUGAUCUUUCUGGGAGCAUCGCCGCCGCGGCUGCGGAGCCCCCCUUGGAGCCGAAGGAGAUGCGGGUGGGCGCCCGGCGGAGGGACGUGCCCAAGGUGCCUCACGACAGCAGCAAGGACGGCGUCACCGUCUUUGUCAGCAACCUGCCCUACAGGCUGGGGGAGCCAGCUGCCACGCUCCGGCCGCUCUUCGAGGCCUGCGGGGACGUGGUCGAGGUGCGCCCCAUCUUCAGUAACCGCGGCGACUUCCGCGGCUACUGCUACGUAGAGUUCAGAGAGGAGGCGGCGGCCCUGCAGGCACUCCAGCUGGACCGCCAGAGCGUUGAGGGCCGGCCCAUGUUCGUCUCCCCCUGUGUGGACAAGAGCAAAAACCCUGACUUCAAGGUGUUCAGGUACAGCACUGCCCUGGAGAAACACAAGCUGUUCGUGUCGGGCCUGCCCUUCUCCUGCACCAAAGAGGAACUCGAGGAGAUCUGCAAGGCCCACGGCACCGUGAAGGACAUCCGGCUGGUCACCAACCGGGCCGGCAAACCCAAGGGCCUGGCCUACGUGGAGUACGAGAACGAAUCCCAGGCGUCGCAGGCCGUCCUGAAGAUGGACGGCAUGACCAUCAGAGAGAACGUCAUCAAGGUGGCCAUCAGCAACCCGCCGCAGAGGAAGGUUCCAGAGAAGCCGGAGGCGAGGAAGGCCCCGGGGAGCGCCCUGCUGCCACGGCAGGUCUACGGGGCGCGGGGUAAGGGGAGGACCCAGCUCUCUCUGCUGCCUCGUGCCCUGCAGCGCCCCAGCGCCACCACCGCCCAGGCUGAGAAUGGCCCCGCCACCCUGCCGGCAGCCACCACCCCGGCCACCAGCGAGGCUCCCAAGAUGUCCAAUGCCGACUUCGCCAAGUUGCUUCUGAGAAAGUGA